ACCUAUGUUAGAAGAUAAGAUUCAGUAUGAAGUUAAUUUGGUGAAAGGAGUGAAGGAUGAGCUUCGUUCAAUCUUUCCAAGAAGCUCAAGACGAUCCAGAGACGGUGUUGGAUGAUGCAGAAAAGAAAGCAGUGAAUGAUCAAAGCGUCAAAAGUUGGUUGAAGGAGCUCGAAAACACGGCUUAUGAGAUGGACGACAUUUUGGAUGAAUGGAACUACUCUCUUCUCAAACAUAAGAUGGAAGCUUCUGCUAAGUCUAAGCUUAAGCAAAUGAUAGGUUGUUCCUUCAUCCCAUCUCCGCGUUUAUGUUUCAAGAAAGUUUCUGUUCGUCAUGAUAUUGCCAAGAAAAUAGAACAUGUGAACGCCACGCUUGAUCAGAUCUUAAAGGAGAAGGAUGAUUUCAAUUUUGUCAUCUCUAUGCCUGCGCCCGAGUCUCAUCGACAACCAACCACAUCUUCAAUUGACUUCAAGAAUGUUUGUGGGUCGGACAUAUAUAAGAAAAGGGAUGACAUAGUCAGAAAUAUGAUGCAUAAUAGUGGUGAUACCCAAAUUCUGUCUAUAGUUGGGACGGGGGGACUUGGGAAGACGACCCUCGCCAAGCUUAUUUUUAACCAUCCCCACUUCGAGAAGGAUUGGUUAAAAAUUUGGGUAUGUGUCUCAGAUCCUUUUGUUGUGGCUACGGUUGCCAAAAAUAUUGUUGAGCUUGUGGGGACGGAAAAGAUUCCUCCAAAUAAUGACCAAAAAGAAUUGGCAUUACAAAAACUAGAAGCAUCUGUUUCUGGAAAGAAGUUUCUUCUGGUCCUUGAUGAUGUUUGGACAGAAGAAGAAAACAAAUGGAAGGACUUGAAAAUCUGUCUCCAAUGUGGUGCACCGGGUAGUAAAAUUCUUGUGACAACAAGAAAUGAAACGGUAGCUAAGAUGAUGGGUACCGUGGAUGAUAAUAUAUAUCGCCCAAAUAAUCUUAGUGAAGAAGAGUGUUGGGCAUUAUUGCGUGACACAUCCCUUCCAGGAAAGAGUGAGGCAGAAUGUCGAAAUUUUGAGGAUAUUGGCAAGAAAGUAGCUAGCAAGUGCAAGGGAUUGCCACUUGCUGUGAUUGUUUUGGGAAGAGUAUUGCAGUUCAAGACUAGUUUGGAAGAGUGGGAACAUGUAGAGAGGAGUCAAAUAUGGAAAUUGGAGAAGGUGGAAGUAGAACUUUUUCCUCAUCUAGUUUUAAGCUACAAUGAAUUGUCCCCUACUCUUAAGCGUUGUUUUUCAUAUUGUGCCGCCUAUCCUAAGGAUCACCGAUUUCAUGCGGAAAGUCUGAUAGAAGAAUGGAUGGCGCAAGGUUAUCUGGGCUCUGAUAGAGGAAAUGGUGGAGUGGAACUCAAAGGGCGAGAGAACUUGAGAAAUUUAGCAAUGCGUUGUUUGUUUCAAGACAUUGAGAAAAGUGAGUCGGGGGAGCAGAUAGAAUCGUGUAGAAUGCAUGAUAUAGUACAUGAUUUUGCUCUAUUUCUUAGGAAGAAUGAUGACAAUGAGAGAAGUUGUCAAGUUUGUGAUUCUUCAUUGGUUUCUCAUGUCCAAGAAUAUCGGAGUCUACUGUUGGACUACAAACCUCCUAUUGAUGGAAGAGACAAAAGUUGUCAAGUUUGUGAUUGCAUGAAAAGUCUAAGGGUGUUAAGAAUUGGCUUUCAUUUUCCAAUGGGAAUGGAAACGUUGAUUCACUUGAGAUGGUUGGAUUGUAGUUAUAUUGCAUUGUCCAAGGAUGGCCUUGAAAUCAUAUGUAGGCUUUAUUUCUUGCAAACUCUUCUCUUAGUAAAGUGCAGCCUAACAGAGAUUCCAAUAGAAAUUGGGAAUUUGGUGCAGUUAAGGCGACUUGACUUAAGUAGGAAUAGAGAAUUAAAGCAGUUACCGGAUGACAUGUGUAAAUUGCUUGAAUUGCGAUCCCUUUCCUUAGCACGUUGCUCUCUAGAAGUGAUUCCACAACGAAUAGGGAAUUUGGUUCACUUAAGACGACUUGAUUUAAGUUGGAAUAGAGACUUAAAGGAGUUACCAGAGAGCAUGUAUAGGUUAGUUGAAUUGCAAACUCUUUCCUUAGCAAACUGCAGUCUAGAAGAGAUUCAAGAUGAAAUUGAGAAUUUGGCCCAGUUAAGACAUCUUGACUUGAGUUGGAAUUGGAGAAUAAUGGAGUUACCAGAGAGUAUUUGUAGUAUGGUUGAACUGCAAAUCUUGAAGAUUCAAGGCACUGAUAUUCAAAGAUGGAAGUGAAUACAACAAGUUGGGUUUUCUUAAAAAGUUACACUGUCUUCUAAGUGGAUCUCUGGAACUGGCAAUCUACUGUAGUAGUAUGGGUGAAAUGGAGGAAUUGGUUGAGGAUGCUCGACGAGCACAAUUAAAGACGCUCCUUCAAAAUCUCGAAACACUUGAAAUAUAUUUCAAGGAUGCGAUGAAUGAAAUGGAGCAGUCAUCAGUAUCAUCUUCUUCAUUGUGGAUGGAGUUUGUAGAAGCUGUCAUGACAAGCUUGAAUUCAUUCGUAAUGAGGGGAUAUAAGGGAUCCAGGCUUCCGGAUUUUAUGUCAUCACCCCUCAACUUUAUAAAACAGAUUCAUCUGACUGAUUUGAAUGAGGUGUCAUCAUUGCCGGCUAUGGGGAAACUACCUUUCUUGGAAGAUCUCCAUAUUUGGUAUAUGAAGCAAUUGAUGUUUGUCGGAAGGGAGUUUUUAGGAAUAGAAUCUUCUUCAUGUGAUGAUGUUGUUGUUGCAUUUCCUAAACUCAUGACACUGAUAUUUUAUGGCUGCUCCAAAUGGGAGGAGUGGGAGGACAUAAUGGAGGAAGAAGAAGAAUCUGCGGCCAUCUCUAUCACGCUAUGUCUCACACACUUGUCUAUCAGAAGCUGUGAGAGUAUGAAGAAACUGCCGCAUCGCCUGCUGCAUACGGUCUCCUCGUCUUUGCAGGUGUUGGAUAUUAAGUUUUCAUCAGAGCUAGUAAAAACAUACGGAGAGGACAAGGAAGGUUCAGCUUGGAGAUCCAUUUCCCAACAUAAUCCCCAACUUAAAUUUUGGCAAUAGGUCUCAUGCAAAUACUUAUGCUUUUCUAUUUGUUUACCUUUUUUGAGAUUGUUAUAAUUCUUUUCUGCUUUAUUAGACGGAUACUCUUUUUCCUUUAUGGUGUUUUUUCCUCAGGGUUUUUCGCUAUAGAGGUUUUAAUGAGUUCCGGCCUUAAGGGAUCGUUAUGUGAUCUCUAAGGUUUAGGUUUUGUUAUUUAUGACAUGAUCAUUUGGCUUUUUUCAA